AUGCAUUGGAGGAGUGGGCACCCGGACUCCUGCUGGUCUGGAUUGGGAAAUGAAAGCUACGCGGCUUGCCGCCCUCUGACGCAGCCGGGCGGAGGGCAGCACUCUCUCAGGGAGCGCCGACGCGGCAGCCGCUUCCUCAGCGCUGCCCGCGGGGCCGGGGAGCUCUCCGCGCUGCGGGUGAGCGGGCGAUGCGCCUUCCUGGCCCACCAGCGCUGCGUGCGGCCCCGGGGGAACGCUGAAGGUCGGCCUUGGCUCCGAGCGCUCGAGGUCCUGCAGGAACUGGUAGGAAACCUUUUCGACUGCUUGUCAAUGCGGAGAGCCACAGCCAUAGGGCGCCAUCCUUCUGUGAUUGUACAUACAAUACUGUUGAUGGGCCAGAGAGCUGGGCAUCAAGAAAGUGAGAAGAAACUGGAGAUAUCACUGAAUGGGACCAUGAAGGCAGAAGAAGAAAAUUACAAAGAGGAAGACAAAGAGCUGAAGAGCAAAGACUCGAGGCUACCAUCAGUCUUUGGUGCUGCAGACUUAAAAAAUGGAGCUGUUGGACUGUACAACAUUGGACAGACCUGCUGUCUGAACUCUCUGCUCCAAGUGUUCUUGAUGAACAUACACUUCACAAAGAUACUGCGAAGGAUCACAGUGCCAGCAUGUGCUACACAACAGAUGAAGAAUGUCCCAUACCAAAUGCUUUUGCUGUUGGAGCAGAUGCAGUGUGGCAAGCAGAAAGCUGUUUCUCCGAAAGAGCUUGCAACCUGUCUUGUAGCACACAGACUGAAACUGUUUGUACAGUAUGAUGCUGCUCAACUCUUUCUGACUCUUUGGAACUUGUUAAAGAAGCAGAUGAAAAACCCAGAGCUGGUUGAAAAGCUGAGUGAUUUGUACACCAUCUGUGUGCAGGAGCACCUGGCCUGUCAGACAUGCUCUUCUGAAACAAAGAGGAACAGCAGCAUGUUAACCCUUCCAGUCCCAUUACUGGAUUCCCACUCUCACUCACUGAAGACUCUGGAGGAGUGCCUGCAAUGCUUUUUCCAUCCGGAAGAGCUGACUGGUCACAACAUGUGUUUCUGUGAAUACUGUGGAAAGAAAACACCUUUUCUGCAGAGUGUGAAGCUAGUCCACCUGCCACAGACUCUGACCAUACACCUGAAGCGCUUCUGCUUUGGAAGAUCAGCUUACAUCCACAAACUUAGCCACUGUCUGCCAUUCCCAAAAGACCUUGAUUUCAAUGCAAUCUUGACAGAACAGCAGUGCCAAGCAUAUGACAGUGAAAAGGCUGCCUGGCAGUAUGAGCUUUUUGCUGUUGUUGCUCAUUCAGGAUCAAUUAGCUCUGGACAUUACUGUGCCUAUAUUCGAAGUCUCACAGAAUGCAAAUGGUAUUGCUUCAAUGAUUCUACUGUUCGCCAGGUGUCAUGGGAUGAUGUUAAAUGUACCUAUGGGCAUUCAGACCUCAGCUGGGGACAAACGGCAUAUCUCUUGUUUUACAUGAAAAAACAUCCCCAAUAGCCUUAUCUAGCUGUAUCAGAAUGUUUUCAGAAGCCGUGCCUUGCACAUGGAGCUCAGCAUCUGCAAACCAGUGUGGAUGUGUGCAAAUGUUCCUCAAGAAAGAACUGCACUCCAUCAACGACCUCUGCAUUCACGUUUUUUUCCUAUGAAAGAAGUGCAGGACAAACUCAACUGGAGAAAGGACCUUAGAAAUAUUGCAUCUAGAAGUCUUUUCUUUCAUGCCAUGUGAUUAUUUAUUUAUUGUAACCUUCAUAUUUGUGUGGUUCUGUAUAUUAAUUUUCUCUUAAAAAUAAUAAAGUUAGUUCUUUUCUCUGCUGACCUACCAUGCUGGUGCCUAGAUUCCAAUACAGAGGAACGUUUUGGCUUGAAAGCCUGCAUGGUGUUCCAAGAGGGCACACAGUACGGCUGUAAGACCAAAAGAGUUUUUCAGGCCAUGUUCGAUGCCGGCAAGCUGGGCAAGGGACCCUGAAAGUCUUGAGAAACAGCUCUAACAGGGAUCCGGACCCUUAUCACACAUGCAGCAGUGAUCAUAGAAUAAUAGAAUGGUUUGGGUCGGAAGGGACCUCUAAGAUCUUCUAGUUCCACCCCCCCUGCUAUAGGCAGGGACAUCUCCCUCUAGUCCAGGUUGCUCAAAGCCCCAUCCAGCCUGGCCUUGAAUGCUUCGAGGGAGGGGACGCUUACUCUUAAGAAACUUCAAGGAAAUGAAUCACAGAGGAAUUGAGAUGUGACUGGAAGUUGGUGUCAACAUAAAAAGAUGUUUUUAAAUCGGGAGCUACUAUAGUAGUUCUGAUGUAGGGGUUGAGUUUGUAUGGAUUUACAUAGAUGAUUAUUGUUUUAGCAUACCUAUCAGGAAUAUAUAUGUAUUUAGUGGAAAAUAUUCACCAUGGUAGUCGAAGAUGAUGACAACACACUCCAUGCAAUGUGGGAAGAGGAGAAAAGAAAUGCCCUGAUAUGCUUGAACUUUUAGGAUUUUCCUUUUUCUUCAAGGGGUUGCCAGCAGGAAUUGUAUUGCUCUCUACUUUCCUUCUCUGCUCAUGAGGUCGAAAAUGUCCCUCAAGCAGUAAGUGUUCUGCAGACUACAAGUUUGUAAAGAAAGCAAGUCAUUUUUAAAUCUCCUGUUGAAUCCUGUCACUUUGUGCUAUUGGUUCAGCCUGUGUCCCCGUAGCAGCUGGAGGGAAAAUGCAGAGGGAACUAGAAAGGAAGGCUGGUAGUAUGUGGCAGUCAGAAGAGUGGUGUUUUAAGAUUUCUUCACGGGCUUCAGAUUUGAGGAAAGUUUGAAGUUUGGUGCUUUUAAAGUGUUUGCAGUGGUAAGUCUUGACCUAUCACAGUCUGUGAAAGGGUCAGGGAUUCCAGCACCUCGAUAUCUUAAAGUUCUUUCCAGCCUAGCAAUAUAGACUGUAUUUUUUGAUGGUGAUGAAGCUGAAUCAUGUUCAUUUCCUGUUGGUAUAUGGAAGAUAAAUAGAUGUCUUGGAGCAUAGCUGUGAAAAUUACAUUUUUAUGAGCUACAUGGCACUUAUUUAACUGUAUUAAUAAAAGGGCCGUUAUUCUGUUCAACGCUAUUCUAUUUGCACACUUCAUUCUGCUUUAAAAAAUCCCAGUGUAUUCUUUGUACCCCACAUGAGGAGUUUUCAGCCUGUUUUUCAGAAAAAAUCUGCACUUUUUAAAAGUACCUCAUGACUGAUGAAUAAGAAAAUCAAGAUCCUAUCUGCUUUUAUCCUUCAUCCUGGAAUUGCUGAGAUAUAUAUUAAGAAUCUUUUCAGUCUGUAUCUCAAUAAAAAGAAAUCUCUGGUUUUUGUUUGCUGAAUUAAAUAGUAUUGGGAUAAAUUCCCUAGGAAACAA